AUGUUUAGCUUAAGUGGUUCAAAUGAGUUAAAAUGCAUUGAUAUUACUUCAAACAUGUUUAAAACUCUUAAACCUUUACCACUAAGUAAUGGGCCAGUUACUCGGUGUUACAAUUUAAAAUUAAUAACAAAAAAGAUGGCACCUGAUGGAUAUACAC